AUGUUUAAGUCCGUCUUGCCCUUUGGCUGGUUCUCCAAGUCCACAACCAGAGCUCCCUUGUCCCCUGGUGAGGUUAACACCUCCUUCACCAUGCCCGACAGAGACUCGUCUCAGGUGUACCAUGUGUCGAUGAACGAUGACGCCGAGGACUUUGUUGAUAUCGCCUACCGGAAGUUGUCUUAUGCCGAGGCGGCUUCAAUCGCCAGGCACAGACAGCAGACGUCCAAGGUGCCACAAUCACGGGCAGCUUCACGAGUGAGCCACAACCAGUAUUCGGUAUUGGCGGUGGCUGACGACGAAGACGACUUGUCUGAGUCUGUGUACUCGGAGAAAUUCAAAAUCAACAACUACUUCAGCAAGAACAAGGUGUUUAAGGAGGCCGAUAAGGUGAAGGCUGCACGCAGCAAACAGAAAAAGAGCAAGUCCUUCCGCUCUGAAUAA